AUGGCGAACGUCGAAGCGAUUCCUGGCUAUUUGACAGCCACUUUUCCAACGCUUCCAAUUGAGAUCAAGGACUACGUCUCCGCAAUCCUCAAGGAGAAUUCCGAUGAGAUCACGUCUCUGGACGAAGUCAUGGACGCCGUCGGCGAACAUCUCCAAGCCUCCGUCGAGAAUCUGUGCGAAGUAGGCGCCCAAAACGCGUGUCAACAGCUUCUGAAGCUCCUCCACGGUGAUAAUCUUCCAAAAGUGGUGAAACAACAAGAAGCAACCACAAAACGACUCGAACAAACUGUGGAUAUGGCCGCUGUCGACCAGAAUUUCGAUGCUUUAUCGAGUAUUUGGAAGGUUCAAACUAGAGACACACCGACUAUCGUUGAUAAGAAAAAGCUGGCGAAGGCGGAGGAUCGAGCAGCAGCGAAGGCGGAAGCUAGAGCUGAUGCUCCUGUCGAGAGGAAGAAAAAGAAGAAUGAGCCAUCGGCAACGGCGUCGCAGGCACCGAUUAGGGAUUCAGGAGCACGAGGAGCCAAUGCGAAGGAUAUUAAGUUGGAAAGUGUGGAUAUUUCAAUUGGAACCAAGCAGUUGCUAUCAUGUGCGGAUGUUACGAUGGCUUACGGUAGAAGAUAUGGAUUGGUGGGAAGAAAUGGAAUUGGAAAAACGACACUGCUCAAAAUGAUCUCCAGUAAACAGCUGAAAAUCCCGUCGGGGAUUUCAAUGUUGUCUGUGGAGCAGGAGGUUGAGGGAGAUGAUACGCUGGUGUUGGAUGCCGUGUUGAUGUCAGAUACCAAGAGACAGACUCUGAUUGAUCGGGAGAAGACGUUGCAGUCCCGCCUCAACAAGGACAGUAUCACCGACGCUGAAAAAACCAAAUGGAAUGAUGAGUUAUCGAAGCUCUACGUCGAAAUGGAAGCCCUUCAACUGGACAAAGCGCCCGCCCGUGCUUCUUCCCUCCUCUACGGUCUUGGAUUCACUCCAGAUGAGCAGAAACGACCGACGAAGGAGUUCUCAGGAGGAUGGAGAAUGCGUGUGGCUCUUGCCAGAGCUCUAUUCGUUAAACCUGAUCUUCUAUUGCUUGACGAACCGACGAACAUGUUAGAUAUGAGAGCAGUUUACUGGUUGGAAGGACAUUUACAAGGAUGGGAAGGAACAAUUCUCACCGUCUCUCACGAUCGUAAAUUCCUGAAUGAGAUUUGUACGGAUAUUGUGCAUUUGCACACGAGAAGACUGGAUCAUUAUAAAGGAAACUACGAUCAGUUUGAGAAGACGAUGAAGGAGAAGCUGACACAACAGCAAAGAGAGUACGAGGCGCAGCAAUCACUCAGACAGCACACUCAGGAAUUCAUUGACAAGUUCCGCUAUAAUGCCAAGCGAGCGCCGAUGGUUCAGUCGAGAAUUAAGAUGUUGGAGAAGUUACCAGUGCUACUUCCAGUCGAAUUGGAAUCGGACAUCCACUUCAAGUUCCCAGAAUGUGAAAUUCUGAAUAACCCCGUUCUCCAACUGGACGAGGUUUCCUUCCGCUACAACGACGAUUCCCCAUAUCUGUUCCGAAAGCUGAAUUUGGGAACUCAUGCCAACUCGAGAAUCUGUAUUGUCGGAGAGAACGGUGCUGGUAAAACGACGCUUCUGAAGCUCCUCCUAGACGACCUCCAACCGACUGUCGGUCUCCGAAAUGUGAAUCGUCGUAUUCGAAUUGCCUACUUCACUCAGCAUCACGUCGAUCAACUGGAUAUGGAGACGUCGGCCAUUGAGGUUCUCAUGAAGAAUCAUCCGGGAAAGACCCAGGAGGACUAUCGAGCAGCCCUGGGACGUUUCGGUUUGGCUGGUGAUAUGGCUCUGCAGAGUGUGGAGACGUUGUCUGGAGGACAGAAGUCCAGAUUGGCUUUCGCGAAUUUGGCACUCAUGGCACCCAACUACCUGAUUCUCGACGAACCGACGAAUCACUUGGACGUCGAAACCGUCGAAGCCCUGGGAAAAGCGUUGAAUUCGUUCAACGGAGGCGUCGUUCUCGUUUCUCACGACGAGCAAUUGAUUGAAUUGGUCUGUAAGGAGCUGUGGGUGGUCAAGGAUCGAAUGGUGACGACACUGGAGGGAGGACUCGAGGAAUACCGGAAACAAGUCUACAAACAGCUUCAAUUGGCUUCUUAA